AUGGGAAAAAAUUGCUGUACUAUUGAUUGUGUUGGUUCAGCUCUAAAAGUAUACAACAUCAUUUUGUUUAUAACCAGCUCGGCAGUUUUGGGCAUUGUAACAUGGAUAUUACUGAAAAGUUAUUUUUACAUGUCUCUCCUGACAUCUCCAAGCUUUCCAAUAUUACUGUACGCAUUGUUAGCUUCAGGAAUUCUAGCUGCAAUUGUGGCUGUCCCAAUCGGAUGUCUGGCAAAUAAAAAACGCAGCCAAAUAUUAUUGUUGUUUUAUAUCUUUAUAUUACUAUUGGUCCUACUAAUCCAAGCCAUGGUAGGAAUAAUGUCAUAUGUUUAUCAAGAAAGCGUGGAGGAAAACUUAAAACUCAACCUCAACGAAACCAUAUUAACAAACUAUGGUAUAGAUGAAAAAAUAACAGAUUCUGUAGACCAAGUGCAAGAAAAAUUCCGUUGUUGUGGCAGUGAGUGGGUUAAGGAUUGGCAGGAAAGUUACUGGUACCAAACCAGCGAUAAGUUGCAAAAAAUUCCUGAUAGUUGUUGUAAAACUGUGCAAAGAGGCUGCGGAAAAAUCAGCGAUGGACCAUCCAAUAUAAAUAUCGCUGGGUGCCUAUACAAAAUUCUACAAAGCGCUAGCGAUAGUUUAUGGUUAAUGAGUGCCACCGGGGUUGGAUUUUGCUGGUUCAACAUUUUUGGCGUAAUUUUCGGCAUUUGCUUGUACUUAAAACUAAAAGAUGAGGACUACAAAGUGGAAGAUCCCUUAAUAAGUAACAAUAGACAUUAA